AUGGACGCAGCUUAUGUGAAGUUUAUGAUGUGCCAGUGCCUUAUGAAUCGGGCGGAUUGGGGCUUAGCCGUGGGUUGCAUAAAUGUCGUGUACUCCUUCUUCCUGUUCAUAUUCUGGGUGGUGGAGCUCGUCAAUUCCCUUGCCAGUGAGUAUUAUCCCCUCAAGUGGGUCUUGUUGUACGGAUUCAAUGUGAUGUUUAAUGUGAUCACCAUGAUGAGGAUUGUGGAAAGGGAGUGUGUGUCAGUCUUCUACUGGAUGUGUGAAACAGGUGCCCUUCUAAUGUUCCGGAUAUACCACAUAUAUUACCACGAAGAUGAUUUUUGGCUAGUCAAUAGCGGUUUGUUCCGUAUUUCCAACAUUGUAAUCGAUUCUUACAUUGGACUAUCGAUGUUGGCCAUGAUUUAUGUGAUGUCUGGGUUGCAUUUGGAUUCAGAGGUUGAGGUCUCAGAAGAAGAAGUUAUUGAUGACCGCAGAUUAGAUCCACAGCCAGCUGGUGCUAAAACAACUGCUCAGAAGGAUAUGGAAAAGGUCUUUGAAAAGGAAAAUGAGAAAGAGCAGAAAUUGACCAAUCAAAAUCAGCUAGAAAACAUUCCUGAAAUGAAAGAACUACACUACAAUGAAAUUCAUAAACUAGCUGAUCUCGUUGACCAGGGAUCCCUUCAAACUAAGGAAACUACUUCGGUUUUCGAUCCCACUGCUCCCGAUGAGGAAAAAGCCUCUUCUGAGGUAUUUCAUAUCCAUGAGAUUCCGUAA